AGAGAGAAGAAUCUCGAACGUCUGCAAAUCAGCCAAGCCAAAGCCCUACUGCCGGUUCGGCGAUUAAUCGAGACGAUUCGAAUGGGUCGCAAAGCAGGUUCGAUAUACAUUAAUCCAAAGAAAUUCGGUGCUUUUCACAAACCUUGCAUGAAGGAAAUGGUAACAUUUCUCAGUUGCUUGGCUCUUAACAGCAACUGUGACGAGAAGUGUGUAAGGCAGAAGGAGCUUUUGAGUACCUGCAUGGAUUCUCAGAGCAACAAAAACAAAUCAAUGGGAAGCAUUAAUUACCACUUGCAGAGGCUGAGCAGGGGAAGGAAGUAGUUUGUGUGUUAGAAGAGAACGACUUAAAAUUAGGGCCUGAUUCUUCUGGGUGGCAGAUGGUAAGGUAGGGAAAGCUGUUCUAUUGUUGCACCUUAGAAUUUUCACACAUAAUUCUCCAUUUUGAUCUUAGUGUUUAAGCUUUGAGAAAUUAUGGAUGUAUAAUUUUGAGCAAUUCUCUUGUAGUUCAAGGAUAUUUCAACAAGUUUGUUUUAUAUGUAAACCGGUUGACUCGGGAAAGUUGAGUUCUUGAUUUUUAUGGUCACUUGAACUGGUUAGUCCUCUAUUUCAAGAAACAUAAUAUCUGUAAGAAAAGCUUAGAGAUACCGAAUUGUAAUUUAUGAUAAUAAUACCAACAUACAGGCAGCAAAUUCUGACGAACACCAAGCACAAUCCAGUAUGUUGACUGUGUUUCUGCUGAGAAUGCUAGCCGAUUUAACAUAUGCUGGUUAGGGUUCUUGCUGUGCUUUGUUUUUAUGUUUUUGUUUGUUUUUUUUUUUUCACAAUAAAGGUUUCUUCUCAUACCUCAUUACCUGAUUUACCUCGAUCAAAUCCAAGCAAAAUAAUUAAUAGGAUAUCCAAGAUUAUAGAAUGUAAUGAGCAACCACAUAAAUAAUUCAUGUCACUUGCAAUUACAUCUCAGAACAAAUUAAAACUGAAUUUCUGAAAAAC